AUGGGAGAAGAAAACCAAACCUAUGUGACUGAAUUUGUCUUCCUGGGCCUUUCACAGGAUCCGCAGACACAAGUCCUGCUCUUCUUCCUUUUUCUGACCAUCUACCUGCUGACUGUGCUGGGAAACCUGCUAAUCGUUGUGCUCACUCACAUGGACUCCACACUCCACACGCCCAUGUACUUUUUCCUUAGAAACUUGUCUUUUGCGGACCUCUGUUUUUCCACGACCACGGUCCCCCAGGCGCUAGUGCACUUCCUGGCAAGGAGGAAAACCAUUUCCUUUGCCGGGUGCUCGACACAGAUCCUUGUUUUGCUCCUGGUUGGCUGCACAGAGUGCGCUCUGCUGGCGGUGAUGUCCUAUGACCGCUACGUGGCUGUCUGCAAGCCCCUGCACUACUCCGCCACCAUGACACACUGGGUGUGCGUCAGGCUGGCCACAGGGGCCUGGGCCAGUGGCGCAUUUGUGUCUCUGGUGGACACCACAUUCACGUUGCGCCUGCCCUACCGAGGGAACGAUGUCAUUAACCAUUUUUUUUGUGAGCCUCCUGCACUCCUGAAGCUGGCUUCGGCAGACACCUACGGCACAGAAAUGGCCAUCUUCGCAAUGGGUGUGGUCAUCCUCCUGGCACCCGUCUCCCUGAUCCUGGUGUCCUACUGGCGCAUUGUGUCCACGGUGAUCCAGAUGCAGUCCGGGGAGGGGAGGCACAGGGCUUUCUCCACCUGCGGCUCCCAUCUCAUUGUUGUCGUCCUCUUCUAUGGCUCCGCAAUAUUCGCCUACAUGCGGCCAAACGCCAAGGUAAUGAAUGAAAGAGAUAAAGUGAUCUCUGUGUUCUACUCAGCAGUGACUCCCCUGCUGAACCCCAUCAUUUACAGUCUGAGGAACAAGGAUGUCAAAGGGGCCCUCAGGAGGGUGGCUGCAAGAUAG